AAAAUUAUACAAAUUUACCUGUGUGUGUGCGUGUGUGUGUGUGUGAACGCAAUGGCGCUAAACGCUGAGCAUCAACUGAGCUGAGCUGAGAGAGCGACAGAUUCCAAGAUUUGUGAAACGUGAAAAGUAGCUGAGAAAAUCAACAACAACAACAACAGCAACAACCACAACAACUCUGCCCAAAAAUGUCAACUUCAACGAUAACAGCAACAACAACAGCAGCAGCGCCGUCAACUUCGGCUGCGACGCCCCCACCAAGCGGUGUAAGCAGCGGCGGUCGCAGCAGCAGCAGCAGCGCCGACUGUCGUAAAUUCUCACCAAAUAUAUUCAACAAGAGCAAAUGCAGCCAUUGUUUUCGCCAGCGAGAGGAGCACAGCGCAGCCGCCUUGGAGUGCAAUAGGUCAGCGACUCUGGCAGAAUCAGCAUCUCGUAAAGUCUCCAAAUGUGGAUAUUUGUUUGUGGCGCCGGAUUGGGACUUCUCUAAUCCAUUGUACAGGACAAAGCGUUGGCAAAGACGAUGGUUUGUACUCUACGAUGAUGGUGAACUGACUUAUUCAGUGGAUGAUUAUCCCGAGACGGUGCCACAGGCCUGCAUUGAUAUGACCAAAGUACUUGAAGUGAGCAGUGCCGAAGAAGCGACCGGCCAUACAAACUCCAUUGCCAUAACUGCGCCGGAGCGUGUCACCUUCGUCAAGGGCAUCAGUCCGGAUGAGUCGCAGUGGUGGCUGAACAUAUUGACUGCGUUCCCCAAGUCCAAGGGUCGGCACAAGCGCAGUACCACACUUCCAGGUGGCCAGAUCAGCUGUCUGCGGCAGUCCUCCAAUGUGGACAUGGCAAUUAAGUUGGGAAAUCGCCAUAGCUCAUAUCACAAGGACACGCUCACGUCCUCGCAGUCGGCUGGCAAUCUGCUGGGUAAUCUCGAUGAUUCCAGCUCGACGAAUACGGUUAGUUUGACAGUCACCGCAACCGCCAACGAUGAUGAGGACGACGGCGUCGAGACUGGUGAGGAUGAGGAAGAGGAAGAUGACCAUCAGCAGCAGCAGCAAGUGUCCACGUCACGGAAGAUAAAAGUCUCGUCUUCAUCAAGUUGCCAUGGGGGACAGGAUGAGAACAAUCGUAAUGCUGGCAACGAGAUCACAAAUCGGGUUUCCCAACCGACUGGCUGCCUGCUGAUCGAGGACAUGCGACGCGAUGAGAAAACAAUUAAGGACAUUGCGAACACGAUAACAAACCUAAGUCAACAGCAGAAUAAACGCUGGUCAACGGCUGUCAACAAUGCGCUAAAUAAUCAACAUCAACAGCAACAUCAACAGCAACAUCAACAUCAACAUCAUUACCAGUACCAGACAUCGCGUGAUGAAACCGAUUUCCAACUGACAUCCACCGGCAAAUCCCUAAACGCGACCAGCGAGCAAUCGCUUGUUAAUCUGAGACCAAAGUCAUUACCACUGGCGGCCAACUCAACGCCAGCGAUUGUGUCCGCAAUAGUCAAGAAGAUACCCACAGUUCUAGUGUCCCAACAGCAGCAACAGCAACAGCAACAGCAGCAGCAGCAGCAACAGCAGCAACAACAACAACAGCAACAGCCUAAGCAACAACAAGUGGAGAGUGCAAAGAGCGGAAAAGCUGCCAAUCGAAUGCAGCUGCAACUGAAGCCCGCCAAGCAUUAUCAGCACGAACGUGGCGAUCCCGAUGGUGGCUGCAAUCUGGACGAGCUGUGCGCCAACUACAUGGCCAAGUCGGAUGAGCUGAGAUCCAUCAGCAAGUCCAGCAAGUGUACAGUCAAGCCGUCAGGCAAAAGUGUCGAGGAGUCGUUGAAUGCCAAAAAGGGGUGGCUCAUGAAGCUGGACAAUCGGACAGGCGAGUGGAGCAAGCAUUGGUUCACAUUGAGUGGGGCGGCUCUCUUCUACUACAGAGAUCCGCUCUGCGAGGAACGUGGCGUCCUCGAUGGUGUCCUCGACGUGAACAGCCUAUCUACUGUUGUGGAAGAGCCCAACGCUACCAAGCAGCAUGCCUUUCAGCUCAUCACGUGGGACAAGCAACGUCUUUUUCUGGCCAGUCUAUCGCCCAGCUCGAGGAACAAUUGGCUGGCAGUGCUGCGAAGUGCGGCAGGGUUGCCACAGCAGCAACUGGAGAAUUCCUCGCCAACAACAACUCCGGGUACUUCGACACCAUCAUCGAUCCUUAAGCAGAGCGACAUCGAGCAGGACUUUAUCAAGGCGCAGCUGCAGACCCACCCACAUAGCACUAGUCCACCCGCUCCAGGCACGCCGGCAAAUGCGCCACAUUUCUCCUCGGAUGAGGAGUAUCGCACGGCCUCGGAGGGUGGCCGGAGGGAUAGCCUUGACUGGGGUUCACCGCUGUCACCUUCGCCACCCGUGCUAAGGAGCUGCCUGCGCAAUCGCAGUCUGGCCAGUCUGCACAAGCGAAGUCGCAGCUCGCCGCCCAGUUCGCGUCGCAGCACUGUGGAUAGUGUGGCCAGCGAUGAGCUGCCCCUGAUGGCUGUGCCCGAGGAGAUGCGUCCAGAUCGCACCGAGCUCAAGCAACAAUGCGAGACGCUGCGCACCGAGGCGAAGUUGCGGGAGGCACGCAUGUCCGAGUUGCUCACGACACUGCAGCGGACGGAGCAGGAGCUGACGGCCCGACUGCAGGAACAACAGCAACAGCUGAAUGGAGAGCUGGUCAGUGCCAAGCAGAGUGCAGCCGAGCUGGUGCACAGCUUGAGCCUACAACUAACGGAGAGUCAGUGCAAGAUCAAGCAACUGGAGGAUCGUCUGGCCCAGGGCAUUGAGGAGAACGAAAGCUUGUAUAAGCGACUGCGGGAGCUGCAGGCGGGCAACAGUCAGGUGGCCAGUCUCAGUAAUCUACAGCGUCACAAAAUGAAGCGCAUGGACUCGCUCAGCGAUCUGACGACAAUCAGCGAUAUUGAUCCCUACUGCCUGCAACGGGACUCCCUCGCCGAGGAGUACAAUGAGCUGCGCAGUCGCUUCGAGAAGGCUGUUAAUGAGAUUCGUGCGAUGAAGCGGGAACUCAAACAGUCUCAGAAUCAAUAUGAUGCACUCGAGCUGAUACAGACAGCGUUGCAGCAGAAACUGGAACGUUGCCAAAUGGAGGAUGGGGCGCAGUUGCAAUUGAUGGCUGCACGCAUCCAAGACUUGACGAUCAAGUACAGCACCUCGGAGCGACAGGUGCGAGCGCUGAAGCAAAAGCUGGCCAAGUCGGAGCGACGACGUUCGCUCUCCUUGAAGGGCAAGGAGCAGCUGGAGCUGAAAAUCACUGAGCUGCAACGGGAAACUGUGGAGCGCAAGCCAGCCGAGAGCAGCAGCACCACCAUCAGCACCACCAUCACCACCGAGUCCAGCAGCGAUUCCAGCAGCCAGUCAUCGCCAUUGAACUCAUCUGCUCAUCUGCUGCAGCGCCUGCAUAGUUUGGAGCAUGUGCUCCUUAGCAGCAAGGAGCGAAUGGAGCAGAGUCUCACCCAGUUGCAACAGUUGCGUGCCGGACAGCGCAGUCGACGAUCGGUGUCGCCCUUAAAUGAUCGCAAGGAUGGACUCAGGCAACUGGAGCGUGCCCUAACCGAGACCUGUGUGCUGGUCAGCGAGCAAAUGGAGCUGUCCUGCCUGCAGGACUCGUGCCACAAGUGCUGCGAGCUUCGGCAACGUGUCGAGAAACUCUCGACCCUGCAACAGCAAACGGAGACGGAUUUGCAACGCAGCGAACAGCUGCUCGAACAGCGCGAGAGCGAAUUGGCCCUGGCGCUGGAGAAGUGUGCCAACCAGGAACAGGAGCAACAACAGCUGCUCCAACAGCGCCACGAGCUGAGCGACGAGCUGGGACGACAGCAUGAACGCUGCAAGCGAAUGGAGAAGCGUCUCGAUCUGCUCGAAAGGGAGCAUGGAAAGCAACUUGAAUGCCUCCGAGAGGUCUAUCGCCAUGAGCACGCCAAUGUCGCCGAUGAGCAGAGUUUCCGCAAGCGAUACCAGACGGAAAUCGAACAGCUAAGGACACUCUGCGAGAAGGGGCUAAGCGCCAUGGAGUCAUCGCAUCGUCGGCUUAUUUGCGACAUGGAGGAGAAGCACAAGCUGGAAAUUGAGCAUCUGUUGGCCGAGAAGGAAACGGCGUUAGCCGAAGAAACUCAGGCAACAUUGGCCGCCCUGGAUGCCAUGCGAAAGGCCCACCAGAGCGAGGUGCAACGUGAGGUGUCACGCUUCAAGGCGGAGUUCCUGCGUCAGGUGCAACGUGGCGAGCACAUGCGAGGAGAUGGCGCCAAGCCCCUCAAGGAAGAGGAGCUCGAUGAGCUGCGACUGGAGAUUCUCUCGUUUUCCGAGAAGUACUCGAUAAAAUGCGUGGAAAAUGCGGCCCUUGAGGAGAAAUUGCAUCUGGCCAAUGGCAAGCUGAGGCAUUUUCAGCAAAUGCAACAGCUGGAGCUGAGAAAUCAACAAUUUCGCGCCCAUUUGGCCUCCGAUGAUCCUGGUAGCGAUGUUCACUUUGUGCAGGGCCUGACGAGAGGCUCCAAGGAGGAUGCCGGCUGCCAAGAUAGCGAGCCUGUUAAGUGCGCACCACAAAUAAUGGUUGAUACAAACACAACAACAACAAAAACAACAACAACAACCACGACAACCACAACAACAACUGUAGAGCCAGACGCAGAGCUCGUAGCGGCAUCGAGAGUCCCCAACAAUAUGGAACAAAACCUGUUUGUGAUACCUUCCCAUAAGCUAAGUCAUUGCCCAGGCGCGUCUGCCGCAAACACUUCUGAUUCCGGCAACAAUAUUGAAAUCGAAAUCGAAAUCGAUGAGCUUGAAUAUAAAUAUGAGCCGUGCUACAAGCCAAGCGAUAUAUUUGCCAUAUAUCAGAAUCGUUUAUGUUUCCAAGGUCUAAAGGGCAACUCGACGUUCGGAAAGAAUCUACGCAAAGCUACAGCAAGAACAACAUCACCAACAUCAUCAGCAACAGAAUCAGCAACAUCAACACCAAUAAUAAACAAUCUGCCCAAUUCCAGUCACAAACGAAUCUAUAAAACGGAUGCCGUUAUAAACAUACAGCAACAGCACAACCCUGACAAUGUAAUUCAGCAAGAAAAAGCACAAUGAACAAUGAACGAAAACAAAGGAAAAAUCAAUUGAAAAUGAUCAUGAAAUUGAAUACGAUAACCAAGAACAAUAACAACAACAGAACCAGUGGAACAACCAAAGAAUAAUUAGUGCUAAUAAUAAAUAAAUUAUUAUAAAUAUUUAACAUAUAAAAAACAAGAAACAAAAAAAACAAAAACAAAAAAAAACUUAAACCAAAUGAGAAGGUCGAACGGAAAAUAUACGAACAUGUAAAUAUGUGAAAAUCGUUAGACAACUGGUUAGCAAAACGAUGAUGUUGGUGAUGUUGCAGAGCAAGCAGACUUCUUCUCUUCGCUACAGACGAUGAUUGAGAGCAACAGAUUGAGUUAAGCACUAACAACGACUGCUCGCCCCCCUCCACCCUUAACUGGAAGGGACGUUGAGCAAUGGAAAACCUAAUCACAAUACCAACAACAACAACAGCAACAACAACAGCAACAGCACUCACAACAACAAGUCCGUCAUAUUAGCGUAUUAAUUAUUGGCACAAAAUGAAUUUCCAUUUUGGCAAACAACAAAUUUAUGUAUUUAUCAGCUAUUCUAUUCUAUUAUCGUAUAUUAUUAUAUCUGUAACAUUUACCCAAACUUUCUAUGUCCAUUAAAUGUGUCAUUUACUUAUGUAGUGUUUAGGUCAAAUCGAAGAACAACUAAAAACCAUCAUUUUGCUCAACUAUUUUAAUAUAGAUGGCAUUAUCAGCAUAAUUUACACAUAUAUGCAACUUGUUGUGUUUUUG